AUGUUAAUAGCAGUCGUUUCUACGACUUUUGGUGUAUUUCUUAUAAGUGGAUUAGGAGCUUAUUUAACUCGCAAGAAAAUCAUCAACAAGUAAUUGACAAACCAACUAUCAUGCUUAACUGAGAAUUUAUUUACUCCAGCUCUAAUAUUUACAAGCUUUUAAAAGACUCUUACACUAGAAACCAUUUAUUUGUAUAUUCCUUGUAUCAUCAUAACUUUACUCUGCUUAAUUCUCGGAUAUGUUGCAGGAAUACUAAGUAACAAAUAUUGGAUCAAAGAAAAAGCCUUGAAAUCUGUAAUAAUAUUAGCCUGUGCAAAUCCUCACACCACGAAUUUACAAUUAUAACUUUGCUAUGGGUUAAGUAAUUAUUUUGCAAAAAUAACUGGACAGCCAUAAAAAUAAUUAGAGUAAAGACUUAUUACAACUGUUAUUAUUUAAACUGUAGUAGUGAAUUCAAUAAGGUGGUCAAUUGGAAAAAGUAUUUUAGAAUAGCAUGAAAAUAACUAAAGUGAUCUAGAAAUGACAAAUUUAUCAGUACCAUAAUCACACUAAUUGACUUUGCCUUUGUCUCAGUAAUAACAAACAAAACCUGAAAAUGAAUCUUAAAAAAAGUCAUUUUGGAAUCCUCCUUUGUACGCUACUUUGGUUUCAAUAGUUUUUAUAUGUAUUCCAGGGCUUCAGGCAACUUUACUUGAAAACUAGAUAAUUUAUAAUGCAAUUUUUCUACCUCUUUAAACUAUAUCAAGAGCAACUUCUCCAAUUAUAUUAUUAAUUCUUGGGAGUAGUCUCUAUUAGAUUUAUUUUGAAAAUUAGGAAAGAGUGGAAAAAUAUUCAACAAUAUUAUAUAUAGCUUUCAAUCGGUUAUUAUUGAUGCCAAUAAUUGGUAUAUUUAUAGUGAUCAUUGUGCAAAGCCAGAAGAUUAUUAAUGAUUAAUGUCAGUUGUUUAUGAUAUUUCUAACAUUUUGCACUCCGCCAUCCAUUAAUAUAUUAAUGUUAGCAAAAUAAUAUCUAUAAUCAGCUGAGGAAAUAGUGGCAGUAAUUUUAUUAAACAGUUAUUUGAUAUCUAUAAUAACAUUGCCUCUCUGGAUGAUUACAUAUAUGAUAUUUUUUAUAUGA